GGCCGGGGCCGGGGCCAUGAACACCGAGCGGGACCUGGCGCCGCUGGCGCCCAGCGUGGUGCGGGCGCUCAACGACAAACUCUACGAGAAGAGGAAGGUGGCGGCGCUGGAGAUCGAGAAGCUGGUGCGGGAGUUCGUGGCUCAGAACAACACCUCCCAGAUCCAGCACGUCAUCCAGAUCCUCUCCCAGGAGUUUGCCCUGUCCCAGCACCCCCACAGCCGCAAGGGAGGCCUCAUCGGCCUGGCUGCCUGCUCCAUCGCCCUGGGCAAGGACUCCGGGCUGUACCUGAAGGAGCUGAUCGAGCCGGUGCUGACCUGCUUCAACGACGCCGACAGCCGCCUGCGCUACUACGCCUGCGAGGCUCUCUACAACAUCGUGAAGGUGGCCAGGGGCUCUGUGCUCCCCCACUUCAAUGUCCUCUUCGAUGGCCUCAGCAAGCUGGCUGCAGACCCUGACCCCAACGUCAAGAGCGGCUCGGAGCUCCUGGAUCGCCUGCUCAAGGACAUUGUGACAGAGAGCAGCCAGUUUGACCUGGUGGGCUUCAUCCCGCUGCUGCGGGAGAGGAUCUACUCCAACAACCAGUACGCCCGGCAGUUCAUCAUCUCCUGGAUCCUGGUCCUGGAGUCUGUGCCUGACAUCAACCUCCUGGAUUACCUGCCAGAAAUCCUGGAUGGGCUCUUCCAGAUCCUGGGAGACAACAGCAAGGAGAUCAGGAAAAUGUGUGAGGUGGCUCUUGGGGAGUUCCUCAGGAGUCAGAAGAACCCUUCCAGUGUCAAGUUUGCUGACAUGGACAUCCUGGUGAUCCACUGCCAGGCAGCAGAUGACCUGCUGCAGCUGACAGCCAUGUGCUGGAUGAGGGAGUUCAUCCAGCUGGCCGGCAGGGUGAUGCUGCCCUACUCCUCGGGGGUGCUGACGGCCGUCCUGCCCUGCCUCUCCUACGACGACCGCAAGAAGAACAUCAAGGAGGUGGCCAAUGUGUGCAACCAGAGCCUGAUGAAGCUGGUGAUCCCAGAGGAUGAUGAAGGGGAAGAGGCCAAGCAGCCCCUGGCCCUGCUGGCAGAGCCCAGCUCUGAGGAGUCCCUUCCCAAGCCAGAGGCAGCAUCCAGUGGCUCCCUGGAAGCCUCUGGUGACUCCAACCCCAGCACCAGCAGUGUCUUCACAGUGACCAG